GCAGAGGCGGAUCCUGCUCCUGAGGGCGGCGGCGGCGGCGGCGGCGGCGGCGGCGGCGGCGGGGCCGGGGUCUCCCGGGCCGGGGUCGGGGGAGAUGGCGACUCGGACCGCCUAGGGCGGAGCUGCACGGGCGAGGCGGCAAGCGGGUCGCCGCUGGCGGGCGCGGCGGCCGCUGCCAUGGACUGGUGAUCGCGGCUGCUGCUGCUCCGUCUCCGCCGUCCGGGCGUCUGCUCCUCAGCUCCAAGCCCUCAGCCGGGGCCAUGGGCUCGUCGGCGGCCGCGGCGGCGGCCGCGGCGGCAGCCGCUGACUCGGCACAGUGGCUCUCGGUGAAGGAGGAGACCAUCUUCCUACACGACGGGCUGAUCCGGGUCACCGACCUGGCCGAGUUGCCCAGCGAGAUCCUCGGGGCCCCGGAGGCCGCCGACACCGACCUGGAGAUUUUAACCUUUGAGACCAAGAACCCGUCGGAAUUAGCAGAACGUUUGCGCUCUGUUUGUGGGAAUCAGAGCAAUGCCUAUGCCCGGCUGCUGGAAUACCGCCUGAAUGCCUUGCGAGGACUGUGGAAUGCCCAGCGCCAGCUGGCCUUAGAAGAACAGCAUGAAAGGGAAAGUUCAGGUGAUGAGGAAACUUUGGCCCUGCUCAAACGCCAGGGCUUGUUGCAGCAACCUGAGCAAGCGCCCUUCACAUCAAGGAUGGGGCUCCUGCUGGUCUUCCCCCUUAUUCAGUCCCAGAGUAGAACAGACCCCUCUCUCUGUAACAUAACUGCUGAGGUGCUAUUGAACUGCCUUCGUGACUGCCAGCCUUUGAGCUUGACCAAGGAGCCUGCUGACUGUCUCAAUGGAAUUGAAACUUUGCUGUGCUCUUGGCUAGAGGAGACUUCUGACACAGGCCGACACAUCCCACAUAAGCAAAAAGAAAAUGCUGCUGCUGCCCUGGUGGCUUUGGCUUGUGCCAGGGGAUCAUUGAAAACUUUCGUCCAUACAGUCCAUCUAUUACAGAAACAGACGGAUCUAGGGUCCCUGCCUGUAGCUGACGUGUUAUAUAGGCUGUUGCUUUUGGAAGGAGGGCCUGGAUCUCCCUCCUGUUUGCUUGGGGGCAAACACAUAGUAUCAUGGGGUUAUGAAGACAUGUUGCCUGCGCCAGAUAGCAACACUGGCUCCAGUUCUGAAAAUAAAGAUGCUGACUUGGGACGCUGUCUCACGGCAGACGGUCUUUACCUGUAUACUACUAACUCAGUUGGAAGAGGAGUAAGCAAAUUGGGGUCUGGAUUACAUGGUACUCUCAGAGGUUUUGUGUACUGCCGGAAUGAGGAGUUGGAACCAGGAUGGGUGGCUUUUGGCAGUGGCAGUCUUCUCCACCGGCCCGUUUCUUUCGAUAAUAAACCUCACUCCCUUUUCCAGGUCAUUGACCAGAACACCCUUCAGGUGUGCCAGGUGGUGCCAAUGCCAGCCAAUCACCUCCCCAUUGGCAGCACCAUGAGCACUGUGCACCUGUCUUCAGAUGGCACUUACUUCUACUGGAUCUGGUCUCCUGCCAGCCUGAAUGAGAAAACACCAAAGGGACAUUCUGUCUUCAUGGACAUUUUUGAACUUGUGGUUGAAAAUGGUGUAUUUGUAGCCAACCCUCUUCAGGAACGCACAAUUCUAAUGAGAAAAGAGGGCGAAUCUGCAAAAAGCAUUAAUGAGAUGCUUCUAAGUAGACUUUCUCGGUAUAGAGCCUCCCCGUCAGCAACCCUUGCUGCCCUGACUGGUUCCACCAUCUCCAACACACUAAAAGAGGAUCAAGCAGCAAAUACUAGCUGUGGGCUGCCUCUAAAAAUGCUGCGGAAGACACCCAUAUAUACCUGUGGCACCUACUUGGUGAUGCUGGUGCCUCCUCCAGGGGGAUCAGGCAGCUCUGCGACCCGAUCUCUUUUUGGUGGAACAAGUGGUUUGUCAUCUUUAAAAAUCCUAGCCUCCAGCUUGGUGUAUAAUAUUUCGGAUGGUCAGUUUACAAGUCGUGCAGAUCUCAUAGAUGCUGCUGGAAGCUCACUGGGGCGUGGUGCUCUCGUACCAGGAUUGGGAGCAUGUUAUGACACAGUGAAUAACAUGCUAUGGACAUGCUCUAAUGACUAUAUCGAUCAGUGGUGUAACCCUGGGAAUCAAGCCUUCCAUUAUGUCUGCCAGAGACUUGGAGUCAGUCACAUUAUCACUGAGCCCAAAGAAGAGGCUAUAACCACGAAUGAGGUUAUAAACCAAUUAUUGCACCACGUUGGUGCGAUGUGCAUACACCAACUUAAUCUUCUUGCCACCAACCCCAAUCUUCCAAUCACAAGUGUCUUGGGCAAGCAGCAUCCAAUUGAAGCACACCAUCUUAGCAGUAUUUGUGACAUUAUGGAGAAAGCCAUGGUUAAUGGAGAUACCUGUAUUAUACGCUGCAUUCUCGUUGUCUUUCAGGUGGUAUUUAAAUUUUUCUUCAGCCCACAAACUGAAAGGAAUCGAGACAUCAUUCGACGGUCGGGAUUGCUUCUUUGGCAGUUGUUGAUGGCACCAAAAGAUCAAAUUUGCCCUGAAAUUCAGAAGGAAGUCUGCCUUGCCAUCAGCUCUGGUUUAAAUAUCUUGUACCCAGGUGAAACUGAAAUCAAUAACUUACUUAAACUGGUCUUAACAGAAGGAGAGAGAAACAGUGGACUCUCCCAGCUACGGGAUGUGAUCCUAACCAACCUGGCCGAACAGCUCCAAAACAACCGAUUUGGCAGUGAUGAAGAUGAUCAUUACAGACUAAAUGAUGAACUUUUACACUACAUUCUGAAGAUUGUUGUACGAGAAUCCUGUAUCUUAAUCACCAAGUGCCAAACUGUCUCUAAAGAUGAUUUUCAAAAGCUCCUUUCAACUGUGCCUGCUGCAUCCUCCUGCCUGCGCUAUCUGAUGGCAGUUCAGAAUCACCUUCUCAGUAACACUAUUUUGAUUAAACCUGAUGAGAAUGAUGACAGUGACAGCUCCUUGCAGGGAGAGACAUUGAAGGUACAGGAGCUAAAAGUCAGUAUUUUGGCUCUUGCCACCCAAAUCCUGACUGGAUGUGAUGAAGUGUUGGAAAUGCUACAGCAGGUCACAACUGCCCUCAUAAAUAGUGACAUAGCAGACCGUGAGCAGAGGUUAAAAGGCUUGGAACAAGUUACUAAGGCUACUAUGCUUGGUCACCUUCUUCCAGUGUUACUGACCUCCCUGAUGCAUCCAAAUUUACAGACUCUGAUCAUGGCCGAUGCCCUGAUGCCUCAGCUAGUGCAGCUGGUACUCUAUACAAGCCAGACGGCUUUGCUGCUUAAAACCCAGUGUCCGGUUUUUGCUGAGGUGGGCUGUUCCCCGUGUGGUGCACCAGACCAGAAGUGCAGGCUGUUCCCUGAUGAGAGAAUGUUAGAAGAGAAAGAAGAGCCAGGAUUUCUCACUGGUUUAAAGAUUCCUGCCCCAUGGGCUGCUGGAAAGACUGUGGAAACAGUCCACCCCGUCAGAGACAACUAUAAAUUUAAAGAAACGGUCCAUAUCCCAGGAGCUCGCUGCCUGUACCUUAGAUUUGAUAGCAGAUGCUCUUCACAAUAUGACUAUGACAAAUCUAACAGUAUAUUUUCUGUUUUGAAGUUGGUGAUAUAUGCGGGGCCUAACACAAACAGUAGGAAGGUUGCUGAAUAUGGAGGCAACACACUGGGAUAUGGCAGCCGUAGUGUCUUAGGAACUGGUUGGCCGAAAGACUUGGUGAAGGUGGAAGGAGAUACAGUCACCUUCUCCUUUGAAAUGAGAAGUGGCCGUGAACACAACACUCCUGAUAAAGCCAUGUGGGGCUUUGCUUGCACAGUUCGCGCACAGGAGUCUUCGGAGGAUGUCUCAGGAGGCUUGCCCUUUCUGGUAGACCUGGCUUUAGGUCUGUCUGUGUUAGCUUGUUCCAUGUUAAGAAUCCUGUACAAUGGACCAGAAAUUACCAAAGAAGAAGAAGCCUGUCAGGAGCUAUUGCGGUCCAAACUUUUACAAAGGUGCCAGUGGCAGGUGGAGGCCAAUGGCGUGAUCUCCCCUGCCCUUACUCCGAGCCCCUCUCCACUGCCUCUGACCAUAGAGGAAGACAGAGAAUUCACCUACCCCUCUGAUGUCCUCGUGCCUCCUGUUGGAAACUACUUUGAUCUGCCUCGGAUCAGGCUGCCUCCAGGAAUCAUGAUAAAGCUCAGGGAAAUUUCUGGGCGUGCUAGACCUCAAUUUAGACCAAGUAUAAAAGAAGUGAUUCAGCCAGACGUGAUGGAGGAAAUGGUGGUAUCUUGUGUUAUUAAGCACUUGAACUUGGUUGAUGCACUGCAAUCUCUAAUAAAUUUCCAAUAUCAAGAAGAACAUGCUGAAGAAUAUGAUUUAUUGUGUAAAAUUAUGGGAGAGACUUUUAAGAAGCUCAAUGCCAUGGAGAGACAGCUGCAGAGUGUUGCAGAACUGGAACAAAAAUGGCAAAGUGAAGUUGAUGAUGCCAUGCAGGGGAAACUGGAGAACAACAUGCCUUUCUUUUAUGAUUACCAUUUUAAUGAGAACAAAAUGAAAGAACUAGAACUUUUGUGUUCAAUGAAGGAAGUCUCCUUUGAUGGGAAUGAUCUUGAAAACAUGGUCCUAUCACUGAGGGAGAAGUUCCUACAUGAAGUGAAUUCUCUUAUUCAGAAACCCUCACACCCACUGGCUAAAACAAAGACGUUAGUGAAGAGUUUAAUGAACCGAGCCGAGCUUUUGCUGCAUGUCACCAUCGCGGCCCAGUCGGGCCUCACGAGAAGCAUCUCUGGGACCCCUGCUGAAACACCAGCUUGUAAAUCAGCUUCUGAAACAAAAGUGAUAUCUCAUGCUGUCAGGCAGCCUGUUUUUCUUCGCAGCAUGUCAGCUCCUUCUGACCUGGAAAUGAUUGGUAAUGAAGAUUUGGAAUUUACUAGAGCAAAUCAGAGGCGUCGCCAUGUGACCAGCCACCGCAGCAGCUCCUUUACACUCCUGCAGUCGCUGGCCAUUGAGGACAGCAGGGACAAGCCCACCUACAGUGUCCUGCUAGGGCAGCUGUUUGCUUUCAUCGGCACCAACCCUGACCAAGCUGUGUCCAGCAGCAGUUUUCUUUUGGCUGCACAGACAAGGUGGCGGCGGGGAAACACUCGCAAGCAGGCACUGGUACACAUGCGGGAAUUGCUGACAGCUGCCGUGCGAGUCGGGGGAGUGACACAUCUUGUGGGUCCAGUAACAAUGGUCCUUCAGGGAGGACCCAGAAUUGAAGAACUCACUUGUGGUGGGAUGGUCGAGCAGGUCCAGGAAGCCUUUGGCGAGACCAUGACCUCCGUUGUGUCUUUGUGUGCUCGUUACCCUAUCGCUUGCGCAAAUAGCAUUGGACUCUUAUGUACCAUACCUUAUACCAGGAGUGAAGAGAAGUGCCUGGUACGCAGUGGCCUUGUGCAGCUCAUGGAUCGACUGUGUAGCUUGAGCAGUCAGACCGAGUCCAGCUCCAGUGAGAAACAGACCAAGAAGCAGAAGGUGGCCACCAUGGCCUGGGCCGCCUUCCAGGUGCUUGCCAACCGCUGUGUUGAGUGGGAAAAAGAGGAAGGUGGCUCCACAGAGGCUGUGCACUCAGGUCUGGCCCGGCAGGUGUCCAGCCUUCUCACCAACCAUCUUGCCCGAGCCACAGAGUGCUGUGGCAACCAGGCUGCUGGGAAUGACGCGCUCCAGGAUGUCCUUAGUCUUCUCAAUGAUCUCUCAAGGAGCCACAUAGGUAAAGCCAUCCUGAGCCAGCCAGCUUGUGUGUCCAAACUCCUCUCCCUGCUGCUUGACCAACGCCCGUCUCCAAAGCUGGUCCUUAUUAUUCUCCAGCUGUGCCGGGCGGCGCUGCCUCUGAUGAGCGUAGAAGAUUGUGGAAACGUGGAGCUCCCACCCUGGAGCUACUCUGUCCCCUCCUUAAACAGUGAGCAGGAGGAUCCCAGCGACCCAGCUUCCAAGAUCGCCUCCUUGCUCUUAGCAAAGCUGGCAGAUUAUGUGGUUCCAGGAUGUCAGACAGUUCUUUCUCCAACCGCUUCUGAACCUGACACCACAUUGACAAAAACCAGUCCCAAGAAUUCCGUGAAGGGAGAUAAAGAUCCGGGAGAAGAGAGUGAGGCUGUGGAUGGCAAGCUCUCGAUAUUUAUCCACAAGCGGGAAGACCAGUCGUCCCAUGAAGUCCUUCAGCCAUUGCUAAGUAGUUCAGAAGGACGACCUUUCCGACUUGGUACUGGCGCCAACAUGGAGAAAGUUGUGAAGAUGGAUCGAGACAUGACCAAGGGUGGCUGUUGCGAAGUGAUUACAGAAGAGGCUGCAGCCGCCCUGCGGAAAGCCACCAAGUGGGCACAGUCGGGCCUCAUCGUCAGCAUUGGGCCACCUGUAGAGUCUAUCAACCCAGAGGCUGUGAGUGGACUAUCCACAGGUGACAAAAAGAAAACCGCCCAAACUUCCAUUUGCCGAGAGAGGAACUCGGAGCUUGCGAGGACUGAUCCCGUGCGUCCCUUCAUCAGUGGGCACGUGGCAAACAGCAUGGCUGCAGAAGUGAUCGCCUUGCUACAUAGCUUGCUCAUGGCACCCGAAUCAAAUGCUGCUCAAAUAUGGACGACAACAGCAGAGAAGGUUCUGUCUCGAGCACUGAUGUACAUUCCACAAUUGGGGAAAUACGCAGAAAGCAUUCUGGAAAAUGGCAGCAGCAGUGGCAGGAAACUUGCCAAACUUCAGAGAAUUGCCCGCCAGGCUGUUGCUGCACUGUGUGCACUUGGAGGCUUCAAAGAGACAAUCAAGAUAGGAUCCGAGGUUCAGGUUUUAGGUAGAGGAAUCUCAGGAAGCAUUGGAGUAGUGGCUUCUAUCAAUGAACAGGAAGGUAUAGCUACAGUCAGAUUCCCACCCAUAGACUGUAGAAAGACUUCGCAAGCGUCAGACACAUUGACUAUUCCAUUGUCUAGACUUUGUGUUCCAAGAUCAGAGGCAUUGCCUCUUCAUAAACUGUCCAUUACUGAGAAGGUAGUACAGGCAGUCCAGUCCAUGUUGCUUCCUCAGGAGGGAAGUCUCUCUAUUCACACCUCACUUCCUGCAACAGGAGAUGGGUCAGCUCCUGUGAUGGCAGUCGUUCGGCUCCUUGCUGAAAUAAGGACAAGAGCAUGCCUGGUCAUGGCCCAGCUUUUAGAAGACAGCUUAUUUUGUGAAGAAUUCAUACAACAAUGUCCAGCAGCUGUUGAAGUUCUUAACCUAGUAGCCCAGGAAUGCAGUGCUGGAGAGCGACUUGCAGUUGUGGAGGUACAGUGUGAACGGCUGAGGAUGCUCUACCGGGACUGUGCUCGGCCCCCACCGCCUCCUUUGCAGGCUGACCGGAGACAGCCCAAAGAGAUUACUUGGAGCCCCUCGCGAGUGUUUCCACCUGUUCGAGCCUGCAUGUUCUCAUCUCACCUUACCUCAGUCACCUUCCUGGCUGACCCCAGCGCUGGGGGAGGCCUGCCCCGGGGCACUUUUAUCUAUGCCACAUCACCACUGCCAGUUCAGGCCCCGUCUUUUUACUGGGAAAUUGAAAUCGUUUCCUAUGGAGAUACCGAUGAUGACACCGGGCCCAUAGUUUCCUUUGGCUUCACUACAGAAGCAGAGAAGCGAGAUGGAGCUUGGACUAAUCCAGUGGGCACUUGUCUUUUCCAUAACAACGGCCGAGCCGUGCACUACAAUGGCUCCAGUUUGUUACAGUGGAAGAGCGUUCGCUUAGACGUGACUCUCUCCCCCGGUGACGUGGCAGGAAUUGGCUGGGAGAGAACCGAGGGGACUCCACCUCCUCCGGGACAGCCAGCCAAGGGCCGGGUAUACUUCACGUACUGCGGGCAGCGCCUCUCACCGUAUCUCGAAGACGUCUCUGGUGGCAUGUGGCCAGUGGUUCACAUUCAGAAAAAGAACACCAAAACCCGAGCUAACUUUGGCUCCCGGCCAUUUGCCUACGCAGAAGGGCAGGCCCACCGCAAUGCUGCCGACCUGUGCACCGACCUAGCAGAAGAGAUCAGCGCUAACUUCGAGGCCCUGCCCUUCGCCAUGGCAUCUGACAGUGACAAUGAUGCUGGCACCAGUAUUGCGUCAGACCCAGGCACUCAUGGGCCACCAUGCCGGAUUGCUGCUGUGGCCACCGCUCAGCAACAAUAUGAUAGUGACACCUCCUGUCAUUAUAAAGUCGAGCUCAGCUAUGAGAAUUUCAUCACCUCUGGCCCAGACCCUCACCCACCUCCCAUUGCAGAUGAUGAGAGCGACGAUGAUGACGAUGAUGACAUCCCGCAGGAGGACCACUACGCCCUGCUGGUGAAAGCAUGGGAGACCAAGGUUUUUCCUACCAUCCGGAGACGCUUCCGCAAUGAAGCAGAGCGGAAAUCAGGCCUGGACCAGAUAAAGGGAGCCUUACAACUAGGUAUGGUGGAUAUUGCCCGACAGACGGUUGAAUUUCUCUAUGAAGAGAAUGGUGGCAUCCCAAGAGACCUUUAUCUUCCCACCAUUGAAGACAUUAAAGACGAAGCAAACAAGUUCACAAUUGAUAAAGUUCGAAAAGGUCUCACAGUAGUAACCCGCUCUCCAGACAGCAAUAAUGUAGCCAGCAGUGCUGUUGGAACUGCUCUGCCGAAAUUUGCCAUCCGAGGGAUGCUGAAAACCUUUGGGCUUCAUGGAGUCGUCUUAGAUGUUGAUUCAGUGAAUGAAUUGGUGCAGGUAGAAACAUACCUCCGCAGUGAAGGUGUGCUGGUGCGAUACUGGUAUCCUAUUGAUAUGUUGGAAAGGCCCCCAGCAGGCUACCGAAGGACUGCCACCAAUGGGCUGGUCACACUGGACAAUACCAACCUUCAAAUUCACAGGGAGCUGCUGCGCUGUGAGGCUGCGCUGGCCAGGCUGUACUGCCGCAUGGCCCUGCUCAAUAUCUUUGCCCCCAAGUUGCCUCACUUGUUCACCCGCCUCUUCCACAUCCCUGCCAUCCGGGACAUUACCCUGGAGCACCUGCAGCUGCUGUCCAAUCAGCUCCUCGCGCCUCCCCUCCCAGACGGCACCAUCAGCUCCAGCUCGAUCCUCCUGGCGCAGUCUUUACAGCAUUGCAUCCAUUCCCAGAACUGCUCCGCCACGGACCUCUUUUACCAGGGCAACUCCCAGACAGUGAGAGAGUGGCUCAACGUGGCCAUCACCCGGACCCUGCACCAGGGCGAAGAGAGCCUUUUAGAGCUGACGAAACAGAUCUGCUCUUUCCUGCAGACAGCACCAGAGCAGUUCCCCUCCGAAGAGUUCCCAAUUUCCGAAUCCAAAGUCAACAUGGACGUGAAUUUCCCUGGGGCAGCUUUUGUUGUUGUGUCUUGUAAAGAAAGUCAAUCUGGAUUCCGCAAAGACUCCUCUCUGUACAAGGCGCCAUGGGCACGGGUGCUUGUAUACGGCCUCGGCCACAAAGUGAAGCGAAAUGGCCAGCUGAACCUCAUCGAGGCUGCCUGUUACCCACGGGACGCAUCCCCGGCCAACACUGGGCUUGCACCUCCUCCCACCGCUGACCAGUACCCCUCUGUGGUCCUCUCCACAGACAGGGUCCACAUCAAACUGGGGGUGUCUCCACCUCCUGGAGCGGUUCUAGUGUUACAUUCCCUGCCCCUGGAGUUCCCACUGGCUAUGGCCUUCGCAGAGCAGCUGCUGUCCUGGAAAUCAGAGGACAGUGAAGGGAAGUCCGAAGAUGAGCCUGACACCAUUCCGACAUCCGUCCUCCUGCAGGUGGUGGAGCUGCUAGGAAACUUCCUGUGGACCACGGACAUGGCAGCCUGCGUGAAGGAGCUUGUUUUCCAUCUCCUGGCAGAGCUCCUGCGCACUGUGCACACCCUGGAGCAGAGGCGGCACCCCGCUGGCCUGUCCUCCUCAAUCGCCCUUCAGCUGAACCCCUGCCUGGCCAUGCUGAUGGCCUUGCAGUCGGAGCUCCACAAGCUGUACGAUGAGGAGACGCAGAACUGGGUCUCAGGCAGCACCUGUGGGGGAUCCGGGGGCCCGGUGGCCGGCGACCAGGGCAGGUUCUCUACGUAUUUUCAUGCACUCAUGGAAGGGUGCCUGGCGGUGGCCGAAGUGACCCUGCCUACUAACAUGAGUGUCACAGCCAGCGGGGUGACCUCCGCGACCGCCCCAAAUCUCAGUGACUCGUCGUCCUCCUCCUCGUCCUCGCCAGGACAGACGCCGCAGAGUCCCAGCCUCCUCUCCAAGAGGAAAAAAGUCAAGAUGAAGCGGGAAAAGGCCUCCUCGUCGGGCAAGCGCCAGUCUUCUCGCACUGUGGACUCGGACCCCACCGUACUCAGCAUCGGAGGCAGCAAGCCCGAGGACAUGCUGUGGUUCCACCGCGCACUCACCCUGCUCAUCAUCCUCCGCCACCUCACCAGGAAGGACCCACAGGGGCUGGGCGUGACGAGUGACGCCAUCGCCGAUGCCUGCCAGGCCCUGGUGGGCCCCACCGCCCACAGCCGCUUGCUUGUGAUCUCCGGGAUCCCCACCCACCUGGACGAGGGCGUAGUCAGAGGCGCCAUCCGCAAGGCCUGCAACGCCCACGGCGGGGUCUUCAAAGACGAGAUCUACAUCCCGCUGCAGGAAGAAGACCCCAAGAAGCCGAAAGACAAGGCCGAGGGCGGGGACGGGAAAGCUGAGCCGGAGAAGACACUGGCCUUCCCUGGCACAGACAGCAUGGAAGUCAGCACGUCCAGCAGCCUGACCCCCGCCAUGAGCAUCAGCGCCUCCGCCUCCACCAGCCAGGCAUCUAUCUGCAGCUCCCAGGGCAUCUCCCAAACUGUCAGCGACCUCUCCGUGGAUGCGCUGCCUGCCGGCCUUGAGCUGCCCAUCCCUCCGGGCCUGUUGGAGCCCCACGUGGUGUCCAGCCAGGAGAGCCUGGACAUUUCCCUGUGCAGCACCGGCAGCCUGGGCAGCCUGGGCAGUCUGGGGGAGCCCCUGGACAAUGCAGAGACGGCCUUGGUGUCGGACAUGGGCUCCAUGUACACAGUAACUUCCCUGGACCACCAGCCCCUAGUGGCACGCCCCAUCAAAGGCUUCGCAGUUGUGGAGAUAAGAUCCCGAGCCAAAAUUGAGAAAAUUCGAGCAAGUUUAUUUAACAAUAAUGAUUUGAUUGGUUUGUCAAGUUUGGAUGGUGAAGAUGAAUUGAUGGAAAUGUCAACCGAAGAGAUUCUAACCGUGUCUGUAGUAAAUCAGAGUCUCUUUGAUACUCAAGGGAGCCCAGGGUUAGAAGAUUAUUUCAAUGAUAAGUCAAUUAAAGGGGAGAAGCUGGUGCCCGGGGCCAGAGAGGUUCUGACGGAGAUAUUUAAGAGCUGUGCCCAUUCAGAGCAGACGCUGAGCCUGACACCAGCGAAGCCCAUCAGAGUCUCUGACAUUUAUCUUAGCAAAGAGCAGAUCAACUCCCAGACCCCAGGCAACCUCCUCCACCUCUUCUUCACCAAUGUCCGGCCUCCAAAAAAGGUGCUGGAGGAUCAGCUCACCCAGAUCCUGAGGAAGUAUGGCGUGCCAAAGCCCAAGUUUGACAAGAGCAAGUACAGCAAGGCCGGGAAGGAGCAGCACCCCGUGAAGGUGGUGAGCACCAAGCGGCCUAUCACCAAGCCGCCCACCAAGGACAAGGCCGUGCUCAACAGCGUCAGCAGGACUGCCUUAAGUGAGAAGAAGCCAACUGUGAAGCCAAAGUCACCAGAAAAGAGCAAGCCAGAUGAAAAGGACCCAGAAAAGUCCCCUACCAAAAAACAAGAAGUUCCUGAGGAAAAAUACCUGACGCUGGAAGGAUUUCACAAAUUUGUUAUUGACCGAGCCAAGCAAGACAUCCGCAGCGUCUGGAGGGCGAUCUUGUCCUGUGGUUAUGAUCUUCAUUUUGAGAGGUGCGCCUGCAUUGAUGUCCGACAUGCACAGAAGGCCUCAAGAAAGUGGACCCUGGAGAUGGACGUGGCGCUCGUGCAGUACAUCAACCAGCUGUGCCGCCACCUUGCCAUCACACCCGCACGGCUCCAUCCCCACGAGGUGUACCUGGACCCUGCGGACGCUGCUGACCCCAGAGUGGCCUGUCUCCUGAACGUGCCCAUCGAGAGCCUGCGCCUGCGCUUCGCCUUGCUGCAGUCCCUCAACACCACGCUGGAGACCUUCUUCCUGCCCCUGGUGGAGCUGCGCCAGACACCUAUGUACACCCAUAGCAUCGCCGCCCUGUUGAAGGAGGCCAAAGGGCUGAUCUUCUAUGACACGAAGGUGACCGUGAUGAAUCGAGUGCUGAAUGCCACUGUGCAGAGGACAGCGGACCACGCAGCACCUGAGAUCACCUUGGACCCACUGGAAAUUGUGGGAGGGGAAAUCAGAGCUUCUGAAAACUCCUACUUCUGUCAGGCUGCCAGGCAGCUGGCCUCAGUGCCGUCGUCUCAGCUCUGUGUCAAGCUGGCCAGUGGUGGUGACCCCACAUAUGCCUUCAACAUCCGCUUCACUGGGGAGGAGGUCCACGGCACCAUCACUGGACAGAUGCGAGCCCAGGCAGUGGGGGAAGCAGUGCUGAGUGAAACCAGGCAGCCCAGGGGGACAGACAUGGACCACACAAGUCCACAACUCAGGCAGGCUUGCAGCUGUGAGAGGCUGCCUGUGUGGGGGCCUGCGGUGACCUCACUGAAUCCUCGAAUGGCCUUCGGGGAAGGCGGCUCUUUCCGCCACUUCCUGUGGCAGGUGUGUAAGGAGCUGCAGAGUUCCUCGCUGUCGCUGCUGCUGCUGUGCCCCAGCUCAGCUGUCAAUAAGAACAAGGGCAAGUAUAUCCUGACCCCGAGCCCCAUCACCUACGGGGAAGAGCAGCUGCUGCACUUCCUGGGGCAGCUGCUGGGCAUUGCUAUUCGGGCAGACGUCCCGCUACCCCUGGACCUCCUGCCCUCCUUCUGGAAGACGCUGGUGGGCGAGCCCUUGGACCCUGAGCAAGACCUGCAGGAAGCGGACAUCCUCACCUACAAUUACGUCAAGAAGUUUGAGAGCAUCAAUGACGAGACCGAGCUGGAGGCCCUGUGCGCUGAGAUUGCCUCCCAGCACCUGGCCACCGAGAGCCCUGACAGCCCCAACAAGCCCUGCUGCAGGUUCACCUACCUCACCAUGACGGGCGAGGAGGUGGAGCUGUGCAGCCGGGGCCGGCACAUCCUUGUGGCGUGGGAGAACAAGGACAUCUAUGCGGCAGCCAUCCGGAGCCUGCGGCUGCGGGAGCUGCAGAAUGUGGAGUGCGUUACGGCCGUGCGGGCUGGCCUGGGCUCCAUCAUCCCCCUGCAGCUGCUGACUACGCUCAGCCCGCUGGAGAUGGAGCUGCGCACCUGCGGCCUCCCCUACAUCAACCUCGAGUUCCUCAAGGCCCACACCAUGUACCAGGUGGGGCUGAUGGAGACGGACCAGCACAUCGAGUUCUUCUGGGGGGCCCUGGAGAUGUUCACCCAGGAGGAGCUGUGCAAGUUCAUCAAGUUUGCCUGCAACCAGGAGCGCAUCCCGUUCACCUGCCCCUGCAAAGAUGGGGGCCCCGACACCGCCCAUGUGCCCCCGUACCCCAUGAAGAUCGCCCCCCCAGAUGGCACAGCAGGUUCCCCAGACUCUCGCUACAUCCGCGUGGAGACCUGCAUGUUCAUGAUCAAGCUUCCCCAGUACUCCUCUCUGGAAAUCAUGCUGGAGAAACUUCGUUGUGCCAUUCACUACCGCGAAGACCCCCUCAGUGGCUGACAGGAGGAAGCCCCAGAAUUAGGAUGUCACUGAGGCACCUGCUCUGCCGGCUUGGGAAGCCACUACUGCAGCCCGUCCCUCCAGGGCCCUGCGUGAGGAGUUGGCAACAUUUUGCUUUUCCAAACUUUUGUCCACGUUCCAGGGCCUCCUGGAAGACUUAACCUUUUGUCUUUGUACGUUUCGUGAUGGGUUGGUUCUUUUGCUGCCUGUUUGUGGUCUAUUUGUAGGAUAGUUUAGUUCCCAGACAGUUUGUGUCUAAUUUGAUCUUCUUGGACAUUGUCCCUCGUGGCCACCAGAUUCUAAUGCCAUAAGGCCCCAGCUGGUUCCCCAUCACAGAACCACCCAGCAGGAAGCCAGGGGUACAAUGACCUCAGCCACACAGAGCAUCCGUGCUUUAGCAGAGCGCCUCCACAGACAAGCCUGUGGCCAGCCCUCCCCUCUGGCCUCCAGCUGGAGUUGCUCCAGAGGCAGCCCCAGCAGGCCUCCCUCCACCUAGGGGUGGCUGGGCCAGUUGCCCAAACAUGGGAGACACACAGGGAGCUUUAUAUGUUCAUCUUCCUGCUUUAGAACUUGCUCCCAGUCUUGGUUUUUCUGAGGAAAAGCCCACAGUGGUUUCCCUGCCUCUCCCAAACCUCCCUAUCUGCCAUCUGUCUCUUCUGGGCCCUAGUCUGACAGUUUUCAUCUGAAGCCUCCUCAGGAGCAGGAGACUCAAGGGUUCAUCCCGACCUUAAUUCACAGGGCCUAGCUGGGUGCAUCCCAGCUGCAGGGGGUGAGAAGACACCCAGAGGUGGGAGACAGUGCCCAGGUGGGGGCCGCCUCUGAGACUCUGGUUGAAGAGGAAAGCACAUGAUUCAAGCCUACCCCACAAAAAAGGAGCAUAAAAUGCUCAGAAAUGGCCCUUCCUCCCUGCAGUGACAUAGGACAAGGGAAAGGGCCACACCCCCAUUUUCAAAAGAGUGGACUGAGGUGCUCUGCUCAAUUCGGGGUCUGCUUUAGUGACCCAGACACGCAAGUCCAGAUGGAGACUCCAGGGGGGUCCUUCUGCCCCUCUGGCCAGCCCUGCCUAGCACUCCCCGUCACCCCAUGUAAGUGUGUGUGCCAGGGCUGGGCUGCCUCCAGGCUCACCCACUGCCCCAGUGCAUCUUUGCCCCAAAUAGGUCUUUGUCCAAUGGUACUCUGUUCAUGAGCAGCACAGGCCAGCUUGUUGGACACUGUCACUUUGGGCCUUGCCAGGUCUCACAGAAUCACAUCGCUGUAUUUAUUGUAUAAUAUUGUGAAUAUUGGAAGUUUUGAAUGAGUGCUAUCUAGAAGGUUUUGGAGUGUGGAUGCUGGUCCAAGAAAGAAGAUGUGCCCUGGCCUGCUGGAAAGAUUGUGAGUUCUAGAGAUAGAGCCGUUAGCAUCCAUCUCCUCCCUGUAACUCUUAGGAAAUGCAUCAAGGACCAUUAUAGAAAGGAUCCCCUGACCUCAGGAUGAAAUCGACCUAGGGUUAAUCAUGACAGCUGCAUCAGUUGUAUUUGAUGCAAGUCACCUCUGGAGGUGAGUGCCCGCAAGCAGUUCCCCUGCUUUGAAAGAAGAUGGUCAGCCCACUGCCUCCCCAGCAGCCACAGCUCCCUUGAGUUUGGGGGGGUCACAUCCAGGAUGUAUUCCUGACAACAAGGAUCCUUUUAUUUUCAUUUCUGCAAAACGAAAGAGCCUUUGGAUUUAUUAGAAGUGGUUUUUCCUCCCUGUAUCUUUAAAUUCUUGGUUCUCUUUAGUCCUCAUCCCUUGAAUGGACUUGUCAGCUACCUCCCCAGGAGGAGUUCAGAAGCUUCUGUUGGCCAUCACUUGAGUAGAUGACAGCUGUAAGGUAUCUGCUGCUAACAUGGCUGCUUCUCCGAGAGCACAUUGAGGUCCAGACAGUUCCAAACCUUGGCCCUAAAAAAUGUGUGCUGUAAAGUUACUUGAUGUAUAUUUAUUAUAAUUAUUUAUGGUUGCAUUUAACAAACUUUUCAUUCAAUCUGAUGCUAUUUACACCAUGCUGUGUAAAGGAAGCUCACUAAAGGAAAAAAGUCACACCAAUAAAUAACCUUCAUCUAAUUUUGAUUUACCUUAAGAGUUGUGUGAUCAUCUACUCUUGCUGAGCAAGUUCAAAGACUGGCAUGCUUGGAUGGCUCUGAUAUUUAAGUGCUGCCAAGUGGCUAGGAAUUAAAGUGUUUCUAAUUAU